ACAAAUGCAGUCAUGCCCACCUCCACCUCAGAUUCCCAAUGCUCAGAGUAUGUCAACGACAAUAAAUUAUCGGGAUGGAGAAAAAGUAUCUGUUGUCUGUCAGGAUGGUUAUAUAACUCAAGAUGAAGACGAAAUCGAAUGCAAAGAUGGAAGAUGGCAGUCGAUACCACACUGUGUUGAAAACAACCCAUGUCCUCAACCACCUCAGAUAGAACACGGAACCAUCAAAUCAUCUAAAUUUUCAGAAGAAAUGGAUGCAACAUUGAAACCUGAGCUUUAUGCACAUGGCACCAAAUUAAAUUACGCUUGUGAGAAAGGUUUCCAGAUAUCUGGAAAAGAUGAGAUAACGUGCCACAUGGGAAAAUGGAGUUCUCCACCUCGGUGUGUAGGGAAUCGUUGUGAUUUUCCAAAAAUAAAACAUGGUAGUCUAUACUAUGAAUCUUACUAUAGACGAGACUUUCCAGUACGUGUAGGAAAAAGAUAUUGGUAUUCCUGUCAUCCCAAUUUUGAGACGGUUUCAAAAGAACGCUGGCAAUAUAUUCAUUGUACACAAGAAGGAUGGUCACCAGCAGUACCAUGCCGCAGACAAUGUAUUUUCAGUUAUUUGAAAAAUGGAAAUUCUCCAAAACAAGCAAGAAAAUACGUACAAGGUGAAUCUGUAACAGUUGACUGCAAAUCUGGCCACAGUCUUCAAAAUGAGCAGACUACGAUGACAUGUACAGAGGAUGACUGGUUCCCUCCUCCUGAGUGUAUUCCUCUCAAAACAUGUUCAAAAUCAGAGAUAACAAUUGAAAAUGGAUUUUUUUCUGAAUAUGAACAAACAUAUUCCUUAAACACAGAAACACAGUAUCAGUGUAAACCAGGAUAUGUAACACCAGAUGGUAAACCUUCAGGAACAAUUACAUGUCUGAAAAGUGGAUGGUCACCUCAACCCACAUGUAUUAAAUCUUGUUACAAGCCAGUGUUUGAGAAUUCUAAAGCCAAAAGCAAUGGCACGUGGUUUAAACUCAAUGACAAGCUGGACUAUGAAUGCCACGAUGGAUACGAAAGCCAACAUGGGCGCACAGGUUCAAUAGUGUGUGGUAACGAUGGUUGGUCUCAUAAACCAAUAUGUUAUGACCCUAAGGACAAAUGUGGGCGCCCUCCACGUAUUGCCAAUGGAGACAUGACCACAUUCCCCAAAUCGGAAUAUGACCCAGGAUCGUCAGUUGAGUACCAGUGCCAGUCCUUGUAUGUGCUUUAGGGAAACAUGAUCAUAACAUGCAGCUAUGGGCAGUGGUCCACACCACCAAAGUGCUUGGAUGUAUGUAUAAUAUCAGAAGACGUCAUGGAAAGGCAUAACAUACAAUUUCGAUGGUCUUCUAUGAAAAAAAUGUAUGCCCCAACAGGGGAUACUGUUGAUUUUCUAUGUAAACCUGGAUAUCAGACAGAACAUCCAUUGCGAGUAACCUGUUGGGAGGGAAUUCUGACCUAUCCUGUUUGUGUUAAAAGCAAUGGUUAGAUACAUUCCUAAAACUAAAACAUGUACAUUUAUUCAGAAUUUUUCAUAAUCCAAUUCUCAUAUUUUUUUGUCAAGUGUUGUUUAACUCAUUUAUAUUCAUAAACCAGAAUUUGUGUUAAAUAUUAUAUGGAUGAUGUAAUUUAAUCUGAGAGAUGAAUAAAUCACAUCUUACAAACUUGGCAAUCCACAA